GACAAGUUUUCAAGUUUGUGCGUUACUGCGUAAACAAAUUGUCGAAAUAAUUCAAAGCAUCAAAGACUUGAAUAAAAAAAACCGGGUUUGAACGGAAAGGUCUAUUGUAUUGUCACCUUUUAUCUGAAACGGCCUUCACUGUCCAAGCUCACUUAAUCUUGGUGAAAGACUUGGUUUAAUGCUUUAUAAAUAUUUAUGGCGACUCCUAGUUUGAAGAAGGGUACAUCUAAUUCAGACCUGUUAAACCGAACAGUUACCACAAAUUCUAACCCAGUUAGAGCAUUUUAUGAGUUACCUGAGGGUGCGUCAACAUCUGCUCAAAUAGUCAAAGAAUCAAGAGAUUGGCUUCGUUCUGUUUCAACAUGUAGGCCAUUUACACCUAAAGAUAAAACAAGAUCACUAUUAAACACAUUACAAACAAGAACUGGCUACAGACCACCAAGCGCUUUCAAGGUUACAGCAAAAUCUUUUGAUCCUUAUGAAACAACAAGCAAAUCGAAUAUCCAGUUGGAACCAAUUCAUAUAAAAGAAAAAAAUAUUCAGAAACCGUCAAAGCUUAGUAAAAUUGAAAUGAAACUUAACGUGAAACGAAAAUCUAAACAUCUUGAUGAUCGAAUUCAAGUUCGUCACUCCGCAACACCAUCUCAAUCCAGUGGGCCCAUGGAAGAAUCUGUUUUGACUGACAGUCAUAAAAAUCCACCACGUCUGGAACUUAUUGGCACACAGACUCGCUUGAUAUCCCCGAUAAGUGUUAAGCGUUCAGCUUGUUCGGUUAUUAAAUCAGAACGAUGCGCCGCUCCAAAGUCUCCAUAUGGUAGUUGUACCGAACUUCAGAUGAUUUCAACCAAUCAAAAACAUUUACAAAAUACUCAAAUGGAAAUAAAUAAAAAUAAGGAUAUCAUCUCAAACAUUAAUUCUAUUCUACCUGAAAAAUAUUCUUCCAGUAAUAAAAUAACAACAAAGAUUUCUGUAUAUCCUUAUUAUCUUAAUCCUCCUGAAUUGUCAACAUUAUCUUCAAUAGAUGAUAAUCAAUCAUUUCGACCGAAUAGUCCAAUUGAUUCAUUUCUUCUAUCGAAUAGAACAAUUUUAACUAGUGAAGAAGAAGAAAAAGAGAAACAUCAAUUUAGAUCUAAUGGUAUUCGAUCUGAUGUUACUGGAACAAAUACAAAUAGAGAAUUUACUAAAUUAAUUGUCGAUGAGAAUAAACCUAAAUCUUGUGGUCCACAUAAACGUUCAGUCAAUUACGAUGUAACUAAUAUAAAUUUACGUGAUAAAUUUCAAACAUCUGUUUCCAGUGAUUCUGGUUUGUCAUCCGUUACAGAACUGGAUAAUUUAAUUUACCAAUUAAAUGAACUGUCAUUGUCAACAUCAACGAUAAAAACAGAGACAUUAGCAUCAUCACCUUCAUCAUCCUGUAAAAAUUUACAGAAUUCUAAAACAUUUAAUUCGCAAGUAUUGUUUAAAGACAACAAUGAUUCAUCGGUUCAGGAACAAUACCAAAAAUUAAGUGAAGUAAAAAACAAAGUUACACCUUCAACAAAAAAUAUUCAACAAUCGAUGAACGAAGAAGAAACUGUUCAUUCAAAUUUAAUAACAAAUAAAUUAGACGAAAAUGAAGUCACAGAUUUAUUAGAUCGUAUACAAAAUUGUGUCAGUGAAUUUGAUUUGGAGGGGAAUAGAAAUUGGUCAAACCGUUCAAUGUUAUUGAAAGCUGUAUUCAACUUAAUUAAUUAUCCUUCAUCAAGGAUACAUCUAGCCGUAGCUAGAUUGAUCUUUACAAUGAAAGUAACUGGGAAAAAUUUGUUAAACAUUUGUAAAAUUGUCUACAAAGUAGCUAAAAAUGCAGAUAAUGAUUGCUUAUUUCUAGAGAAUCCUAAUACCCUUGAUGUUUUAAUUGAUGCGCUACAUUUGUCAGAAUUGUCCAUUAUGCCUUUUUCCAUUUCCUCAUCUGUUGCCUAUCCGUCAACAGUACCAGUAACCUCAUUGUUAUCACCGAAAUCGUUUUCAAUGAAUAAUUUGUUUCAAAACUCAACAUUGUUCUGUAUACAUUUAGAAAGUUUAUUAUUUUUAACUGGAACAAUAAAGUUCCUUAUAAGUAAUAUAAAUUUUAUGCACAAAUUUCAUUCCAAUUCAAGCUUUUUACCAAAUUUGAUGACUAUUCAUAAGCAUAUAUAUGAAAUGUUAAUUUAUUUCCUGAAGAAUAAGAAAUAUUUUUGUUCAGUGAAUACUGUUAAAAAAGAAGAGCAACAUAAUGGCAAUGAUGAUAAUGACGGUGCUAAUAAUAAUGAUGUAUAUGGUAAUCAAAUUAAUAAAUUGAUACAACAUGCAUAUCAUAUCAUUAUACAGGUCACAGAGAUAUUUUGUUAUUUAAGCUCAAUGGAUUCAUUUCGUCCUAAACUAAUUGCGAACGAUGGAAUAUUGCAACAUAUUGUAAAUUGUAUAAUCAGUUAUGAAGAAUCCGAUGACAAAAUGUUGAGGAAAAGUGAUGGUACUCCCACUACUUCUGCUUGUAUAACUACUGACAAUCACGAUGACCAAAGUGAAAUGGAAUUCAACUUUUCAGAAUUUUAUACUAUUUACUUCAAUUGGAUUAGAUGUUUAUCUCAUUUAACAGAACAUGCAGAUGUUUGUCAUUAUUUGGAAAAUUGGGUAAUUCCAUCCAACAAAGAUAUGAAUAUCAAUUUAACAACAAAUAUGAAGCCGAACGAUUCGAUUAAUAUAUGUCACAUUUUAUCAACACAAAUUACAGCAUUGUGUUAUGCUUUAACCGAUUUCAUAUACAUUUUUGAAGAAAAACAUGAACUUGUUGUUAGGAUAGCCUAUGUACUUGGCAAUCUGGCAGCUAAAUGUGAACGUGCACGUAUAGCGAUAAUACCUAAUCAAGAUUCUUUGCUGAAACUAUGCAAUUUAUGUUAUCGAUAUAAUGAAAUACAAAAGCAUAUUCAUCAAUCUGAUCAUUAUACAAACAGAACUAAUUUGAAUAAAUUAAAAAGUUGCACUGAAUUUAAUAACACCGAUUUCCUAAAUAAUGCUUUGACAGAUAAACUAAAUAAAUCUGUCAAAUCAACAUAUUCAUUACAAUAUGAUAUACUUGUGAAAUUACUACGGGUUAUAGCAAAUGUUAGCAUUAGUAAUACGGUUGGAUUGAUAUGCACAGAAAACUUUGAUUGCAUAAAUUUAAUCUUAGAAUUUAUUGAUAAUCAAUCUAUUGGUGAACCUAAUGAAUUACUGCUAAACUGUUUUGCAUGCUUAAACAACUUGACUUACUACAUAAAACAAGAACUAACUGAUCAGUCUGUUACAAAACAAUGUGAAAUAGCAGAAAGUUUAUUACGUGUAAUAAUGAAGACUAGUGGUUUUCAAGAUGAGUUUCUUGGCAUAAUACGUGUAUUUGGCAAUCUUACACGGCAUACAGCAAUAAGGCAAUGGUUAACUAAUAAUAGCAGUCGAUUAUUACAAGUCAAAUAUUCUUCACUUUUCAAUGGCAUCAGUCCAAUCAGUAGUAUUAAUAGUAAUAUUACAGAAUUGAAUAAUUUAAUUCAACAGAAUGCUUUUCUAUAUUUGGUCAUACAAGCGUUGGAUUCUCCACGACCAGAUAUUGUUUAUAGUACAUUAGGUGUAUUGAUUAACUUGAUGACAGAUUUGGACCAACGACCAAUGUUAAGGAUAAUGGGAGGUCUAUCAAAACUCAUAGAAAUUCUUCGUGAUUUUGCUGGACAUGAUUGGGAGUUAGCUGGAUUAACGUGUAAAACAUUAUGGAAUUACACAGAAGUGGUUGAUAAUUCACAGGGAGAAAUGUUUGAUCAAGAAUUAAUGAAUGAGUUGCUAAGUCUGCUAACCAAAUUUACCGGUGAGUACGCAUAUCAUCAGUGAUCACAUUCUUACAUUUAUCUCCUACAUUACAUAACAGCUAUUUUCACUAGCUUGAAAGCAUUGAGUGAGAUUGGUUCACAUUGUUACUGAAAUCUGCUUCGCCAGUUUACAAUAAAUUGUUUUGAAGCUAAGUGCAUUUUAUAAAUAUUUUGUUCACCUAUAUUUUCAAUUUGCCAAAAUAUUCUGUUGUCGUUAUCAACGGUCAUCGAUUUUAUGCGUAAAGUUCAUUCUACCUACUUCUGUUUGAACGGCAGUGUGGUAUCAAUAGACCUCAGCUAUCAUACUUCUGAUCUGAAAACAGGCUCUUGCAUUUAAUUACUAUGCAACAACUUUUACACCACGAUAAUCUUCAUGAUUUCAUUUAGAACUUUGACUAUAAUUUUCUAGGAUCACAGUCCCCAAAAUACGACUCACAAUCACAUCAACCUUUUGACACAAAUGAUUUUUCUUGAAAAAAGGCUCGUUUUUGAAAACGUUCAGAGAUGACCGUACCCAGUGAAUUGAAAACGUUUAAGAUUCAAUCUUGUAACGACACAAAGCGAGAAAUGCUUUUAAUGUUUUUCACUUACUUAUAUCUUGAGUAGUUUUUUAUUACAAAGAAAUUCUUUAUUUCUUGUGAGAAUACACUACUAAUUCAUUACAUUGAUCACUUCAUCCUUUCAUUUGUUUUUGUAACCAACCAUUGCCAAAGGAUUGUGCCUCCUAAUUUUAAUUAUCAAUCGUAUUAUUCCCAAUACUGAAUUUAUUGAUUACGUAGUAUCAUAAUCUUGUCUUAAUUUGUUGAACCUAUCAUUAAUAUCGACAGUUAUGAACCUGGUAGAAAUUAUUAUCUGUUUGUUAUAAAUCAUAAAAAUCUUAGCAACAUGUUCCUUUGAAAUUGUAUAAUUAAUGAUUCAUUCUAUUGGAAAUAAUUUCUCUCGAAAAUGACAUCAGUUGGAGAACCAGUUAAAAUCGAGAAGCACAGAAUAACUUUCGAAUCUUGUUUUGGGGUUUAUCAGAAAUCCACAUGCACUCAGGUCUUUCAGACUUCUCAACGACUAUGGAAUAUCUGAUAAACUAGUCGAAGUUUAACAGUUUAUAUGGUUUAUUGACUCGAUGAAAUAACUCAUAUAAACUGGUCUUUUAUUUUAAGUUUUUCAACGGUUAUGAACGUGUAGUCUCACUUGUAAUCUACAAAGUUUCUAACGAAAAUAUAAUUUAACUAGAUUUAUUUAUUCAAGAUUGUUCUUUAGACUGAAGAUUGAAACAUUGUGAUGAUGAAAUUUUUCCACAUAAGUUUAUUAAAAAGUUGGCAUAUCCGAGCUCAACUAAAUCUGAUAGUGAAGAUAGUUUUUAAACCCUGAAAAAUAAAGAUACACGGCGUGGUCAGACAAUUGUUUUUCGGUUCAUUUCAUUCAUCAAGGUUUAUUGAAAUACUUUCUUUAUAUUGAACAUAAUAUAUUAGUCGUUUGUCAUUCAUGUACAUUUUAUAUAUGUUUGUAGAUGCUGAACUUAUUGAACAAAUACAUAAAUCAUUAUUAUCAAAUAGUUUGGUAGCUGAAUCUGAUUGCUUAUUACUGUGGGAAUCUACAUGGUCUAAUGAAUUUCUUCCUUUUGCAAAUGAACUUAUUUAUCGUUUGUCAAAUGCGUCACAAUAAAAUGAUUUUAAUUCACAAAAAACACCCAUUCUUUUUCAUUUACCACUUCAGUGGACUGCAAUACUGUGGUUUGAGAACAAAAACAGUUAACAUUAUCACGAUAUCAUUAGUGCGUGAAAACUAGAUUCAUGUGAUAUAUUUAAAUGAAGGUUACUUUAUAUUACAGAUAAGCCUAAUAACUGCCUAUAUUUCUUUAAUAUUAUUCAUAACCAUCUGUUCACUUUUUUUAACAUGAACAUAUUCUGCUCAAUUUCACUUAAUGAUGAUAUAAUUUUCACUGAAGUUUUGAUAUUGUUUGACCGGAAACCAUUUCUUACAGUUCAACUGAUUCCUUGUAAUAAUAUCACUUAAAUAAUAAACAUUUUUACCAUUUAUGCUAAGCACAAUAUUGAUUGUUAUUAGUCCUGAAAGAUUUGUCAAAGAAGAUAUUACCGCGGAUAUUACUGACCGUUUAUUUUAAGAAACAAACAAACAUUAUUCAUCUGAGAAUUCUAAACAUUCAGUCUCGACAUUUGUAUGAUUCAUUUCCUUGUACUGUUUACUUUUGUAUUUUGUUAAUUUCAUUGAUAGGUUA